CAACCCCACAAACACAACUUGAAAAAUCUAAAGCCAAAAAAGACAAGGCUAUUUUCGUCAUUCAUCCCUACUCAAAUUUCAAAAUUUCUACUUUUCACUUCAUCGUUCCCAAAAAAAACCUGGCAGCUGUCACCAGCCCAUUUCCUUACCCUCUUUAUAAAUUCCUAUGUUUCUCCCCACCCUAUUUUCAUCUCAUAACAAAAUGUCCAUUCUACCCUUCACUCUCACCUUAUUCUCUCUCGUCUUCCUCGCAUCUUCUGUUCUUCCUGCCUCUGUUGUUAACCCUACACUUCCACACGAUGCUUUCACCGCUUCCAAGAGAUUUGAGGGGUCGUCGGAGCUCGUCAACCUCCGGUACCAUAUGGGUCCGGUCCUUUCUUCUCCGAUCAACAUCUAUCUCAUCUGGUAUGGUAAAUGGCUUCCAGCUCAAAAGCUAUUGAUCAAAGACUUUCUACUAUCAAUCUCCACCACCAAACGCCGUGCUGCCUCCGCCCCCUCCGUCUCCGACUGGUGGAAAACCGUAACGCUCUACACUGACCAAACCAACGCCAACAUCUCCAGCGAAAUCCUAAUCGCCGGAGAAUAUUCCGAUCGGAAAUACACCCACGGAACUCACCUCACCCGUCUCACCAUGCAAGACGUCAUCGCCACCUCCGUUCAAUCAGCUCCGUUUACAGUCGAUCACAAAAACGGAGUUUACUUAAUUCUCACUUCCGACGAUGUCACCGUCCAAGAUUUUUGCCGUGCCGUCUGUGGGUUUCACUACUUCACGUUCCCGUCGAAAGUAGGAUACACCUUACCCUACGCAUGGGUUGGGAAUUCCGGUAAACAGUGCCCGGAGGUCUGUGCUUACCCGUUUGCCGUUCCGGGGUACAUGGGUAACGGCGGGCCGCGUUCCCUUGCACCGCCGAAUGGUGACGUCGGGGUUGACGGAAUGAUCAGCGUCAUCGGUCACGAGCUGGCGGAGCUGGCGUCAAACCCAUUGGUGAACGCUUGGUAUGCCGGUGAAGAUCCGACAGCGCCGACUGAGAUUGGGGAUUUGUGUGAAGGGUUAUAUGGGUCGGGUGGUGGAGGCGGGUACAUUGGUCAGGUGAUGAAAGACGGGUCGGGUCGGACUUUUAAUAUGAACGGUAGAAGAAGUAGAAAGUUUUUGGUACAGUGGAUAUGGAGCCCCGUUUUGAAAGCAUGUGCUGGACCUAAUGCUUUGGAUUGAUUGUAUGUGUGUUGUGAGGGUGUUACUUGUGUUGUUAAGAAUGUCAAAGGAGCAGAAUGGUGGAAGUUAGAGAGGCCUUGGCAGAAUUUUGUUUUUUAUUUUAUUUUUUUAUUUUUAUAGUUAGAUUAUGAAGUCAUUAGAUUUUUAUAAACUCUUUUUAAUAAUAUUGUUACAAAGAUAUAUGUAUAUAAAACUGAUAAAUUGGUUACUAAGUUUUUAUUCUUUUCA